AUGUCCAGGUAUGUAGCAACUGAGUUGGCAACAGACAUAGUCGUCAACGUUGGGGAUGUUAAAUUUUAUCUGCAUAAGUUUCCCCUUUUGUCCAAGAGUGCUCGCCUGCAGAAGCUUGUUGUGAUAACGAAUGAGGAAAAUAAUGAUGAAAUCAACAUUCAUGACAUACCUGGUGGACCUGCUGCCUUUGAAAUAUGUGCAAAGUUCUGUUAUGGUAUGACAGUCACUCUAAAUGCAUACAAUGUAGUUGCAGCUCGUUGUGCAGCAGAAUAUCUGGAAAUGUAUGAAACCGUCGACAAAGGAAAUCUUAUCUACAAGAUUGAAGUCUUUCUCAACUCUAGCAUUUUCCGGAGUUGGAAAGACUCAAUCAUUGUGCUUCAAACGACGAAGGCUCUUCUUCCUUGGUCUGAGGAACUGAAGGUGGUCAGUCACUGCCUAGACUCUAUAGCUUCUAAAGCUUCCAUCGAAUCUUCAAAGGUGGAAUGGUCAUACACCUAUAACCGUAAAAAACUUCCUUCUGAGAAUGGUAAUGAUCUACACUGGAAUGGUGUUAGGAAACAGCAGAUGGUUCCUAAGGAUUGGUGGGUAGAGGAUCUAUGUGAGCUUCAAAUAGAUUUAUAUAAGCGGAUCAUCACCACAAUAAAAACAAAGGGAAGAAUGUCUGCAGAUGUAAUUGGAGAAUCCUUGAAAGCAUAUGCCAUGAGAAGGUUGCCAGGAUUCGGCAAAGGUGUGGUACAAGUUGGCGAUGCCGUGAAGAGUCGAUAUUUGGUUGAUACCAUGACCUGGCUGCUGCCCUCUGAGAAAAGCAGUGUUCCCUCUAAUUUCCUCCUAAAAUUGUUACAAGCAUCUAAUAUAUUAGAAUGUGGAGAUAUGGGAAGAAGGGAGCUGAUGAGAAGAAUUGGACAACAGCUGGAGGAGGCCAGCGUUACUGAUCUUUUGAUUCAAGCUCCCGCUGGGGAAACAACAGUGUAUGACAUUGAUAUUGUGCGUGACUUAGUUGAGGAGUUUGUGAUGCAGGAGCAGAAUGCUCAGACUGUUUGUCCCAUUGGAAGUGAAUUUCAGGAGAUAAGAAGCCCUGGGUUUGUAUCUGAUGUUUCCAAGACGAAGGUGGCGAAGCUGAUUGAUGGGUACCUUGCUGAAGUUGCAAGAGAUCCGAAUCUACCUCUCUCGAAAUUUGUUGAUCUUGCAGAAACAGCAUCAGGCUUCCCUAGACCAUCCCAUGAUGGACUUUAUCGUGCAAUUGACACGUAUCUUAAGGAACACCCUGGGAUCAGCAAAACUGAGCGAAAGAAAAUUUGCAGGCUCAUGGACUGCAAGAAGUUAUCAGUGGAUGCCUGCAUGCAUGCUGUUCAAAAUGAACGACUCCCACUGCGAGUUGUUGUGCAGGUCCUCUUCUUCGAACAGGUCAGGGCCUCGACAGCCUCAGGCGGUUCCAGCACACCUGACCUCCCUGGGUCUAUCAGGGCCUUACUUCCUGCUGGGUCUCACGGAAGCUCUCAGUCCGCAACAACCAACACAGAAGAGGACUGGGAUGCUGUGCCAACAGCUGAGGAGCUCAAAGCUUUGAAAGGGGAGCUUGUUACCCUAAGGUUGAGGGCACGAGGAGAUGGCAGUGACAGUAACGCGAAUGAUUGUACCAAAACAAAUGCCGAAAAGUUUGCUGCCAAUAAAGUUAAAGGUUUGCUCAUGUCUAAAAAAAUAUUUUCGAAGCUUUGGUCAAGCAAAGACAGAUCAAGCGAGAACAGCAGUUCUGAAACGUCGGGGAGCCCUGUUUCCACCAAUGCUGAGGAAACAAAGUCCACCCCUUCAAGAAGCAGGAAGCAUUCACUAUCUUAGCGUCAGACGCAACCGGGAAGUGGGGGCUUGGAUCAAUAUGUGUAAAAUUGUAUCAUCAAUUAACAUUAGGAUGUUAGAGAACCCACUGACAAUCUUCCAUCUAACCAUGGGAUGAUAGAAGGAAAAGAUUUUGCUCUUGUAUCUUUUGGUCAGUAGAAGCAUGUGGUUGCAAGAAAGAGCAGCUUGGGGAUUGAGUUUUUACUCAUAAAGGUUAAUUAAAAUGUUCAUUGUAAUUUUGUUGUCCCCAGAGAGUAAUGAAAAGUUCUUUCUUACGUGUUUUGUUUCUGUUUCAGAAUUUCGGAGUUUGAUUGUGG